AUGUCGAAGACGGCGAAGAGAAAAGUAGCCCCGGCAGGACAACUUGCGCGGAAGAAACAGAAAAUUUCUGAACUUGCUGCGAAAGAACCCAUCGGGCGCCCAGCAAUCCGCGGCGAUGCGUUAAGAUGGAAAACAGUCUCAUUGCCUGGCCGACUGGAAGAUGCAGAGGGGUUCUUCGGGCUCGAGGAGAUUGACGACGUCGAUGUCGUUAGAGAUGAAGUCAAUAAUCAUGUCAUGUUCCGACCGAAAUCUGAGGCAGAUGUGGCAGACGAUGCUGCCGCAAACGAAGGGCAGGAAUGGGGAGGAUUCGAUGAUGAGGUGCAACCAUCACAUGCACCUGAAGGACACAAAUCGACUCCUGCGACUAAGGCCUUGAAAGCGUCAAGACCCAAGAAUUCUAUCACAGAGCAAGCGUCGAAGACGAAAUCGACCGAUGACAUCGAGUCUGAUCUGCGUUUCGAUGUCUUGCAGUCGACAACAGCCGAGUCAAAGACUGAUGUAUCAGCGUGGAAGGAUGUCCAGUUACUCCCGACCACCCUGUCACAACUUGCUCGUAUGGGCUUUGCUAAACCCACACCGAUUCAAGCUGCUGCCAUACCAGCGAUCAGACAAGGUCAUGAUGUGAUAGGCAAGGCCGUCACCGGAUCUGGCAAGACCCUGGCAUUCGGAAUUCCAAUCUUUGAGAAUUGGCUUGCCACUCAGACCACUUAUUCAGACAACCAGAAGAAGGCCAAGGAUACUAUCCUAGCUCUUAUUCUUGCCCCUACGAGGGAACUUGCUCUUCAACUCCACAAGCAUUUGAAUGAAUUAUGCAUCGGCUUGGAUCACUUUCCCCGAGUCACCGCUGUGACCGGUGGAUUGUCCAUCCUCAAACAACAGCGACAGUUGGAAUUUGCAGACAUUGUGGUGGCAACUCCUGGCCGAUUUUGGGAGGUCAUGAACGACACCUCUACAAAUCACGACACCGACAUCUUGUUGGACCGCCUCAAAAAGAUCAAGUUUUUGGUGGUCGAUGAAGCCGAUCGAUUACUGAGUGAAGGACAUUUCAAGGAGGUCGAAAACAUACUUGAUGCCCUUGAUCGCGAAGUCAUCGAAGAGGAUGCGAAAGAACACGUCGUCAAAGGCUCGCCCAAGUCUCACCGACAAACGCUUGUUUUCUCUGCCACCUUCCAUAAAGGCCUGCAGCAGAAGCUGACGGCAAAGGUCAAACCUGGAAGCCGGAUGAACAAUGAUUUGCUCAACAAUCAGCAGUCAAUGGAGUAUCUACUUCGAAAGCUCUCAUUCCGUGAAGCUAAGCCCACUUUUAUCGAUGUCAAUCCUGCAACUCAAAUGGCAUCAGCCUUGUCCGAGUCCAUUGUGGAGUGCGCCGCAAUGAAGAAGGAUCUCUAUCUUUACACUCUGCUGAUGCAGAAUGCCACCGCGAAGACGCUAGUCUUCACUAAUAGUAUCUCCGCAGUGCGAAGACUGGUUGGGUUUCUGCAAAAUCUGAAACAGCCGGCAGUCGGGCUGCAUUCGACCAUGCCUCAGAAAUCGCGGUUGCGGUCGUUGGAGAAGUUUGCUUCUCAACGUACAGUACUCGUGGCGACCGAUGUUGCAGCUCGCGGUCUCGACAUCAAGGGCAUUGAUUUGAUCAUCCACUACCACGUCCCGCGUACUGCAGACAUGUAUGUACACCGGUCUGGAAGAACUGCUCGCGCAGACACUUCUGGCCGGUCGAUCCUACUUUGUUCGCCUGACGAGGUUGCUGGUGUGACAAGGCUGAUUAUUGAGGUGCACAAGACGGACAAGGCGCCUGAAGUUGCGGAGAUAGAUGGUCGGCUGACCAAGAGGCUGGUAGAUCGCGUGAGUUUGGCCCAUAGAAUUACCGAUGCGACCCUGGCCAAGGAGAAGACGAACAGCAAAGAUGAAUGGCUACGAUCCGCUGCGGAGGAAUUGGGCGUCGACUACGACAGUGACGAGUUCGAAAGUCAGGGCCAAAGAGGGCAACGUGGCAGAGGUGGAGGGAACGCCAAGAAGGAGAAAGAGAAGGCUGCUGUCAGAAAAGACCAGAUCUCCCGGUGGCGGACAGAGUUACAGAGCUUGCUGGAUAAAAGGAUCAAUCUGGGUGUCAGCGAAAGAUAUCUGGCUGGUGGCAGAGUUGAUGUGGAUGCUUUGCUGGAUGGUAAAGUUGAUGGAACGUUUCUGGAAGGACGAUGA